CUAACUACAGCGUGCGGGUAAUUUUGUCAUCUCUAUCAGAAUGCUUUCAAUUUAAUGAAUGAAUGAACGUUCUAACAGGCAAAGAAAAAGACAUUCAACUGAAUAUAUGUUGUCAAAAUUGCGUCCGCGCGAGGGCGACUCAUGACCAGGACAAAAGUGAAGAAGGGGCUGUCCGUUGGAACUUGUUGUAACGUGCAACGCCUCGUGAGGGCGCUGUACACCCGUCUCUUGAUGCCUGCUUGAAUCGAGAGCUGUUUGUCCCUCUUCCUUUCCUGUAGUCACUCAUUUUAAGUCUUUCAAAAAUGAAAAGUCCCACCAGCUCUGGAGUUAGCCAGCUCUGAGACCCCGACCUUCAGCAUCUCACUCAAGUCACAAUCAGAUGGCCACCCCGUCCCUGGGCUCCAGCACGCGCGCGACCCUCGUGAGGAUAAGCGGUUCAGAUGAUGGAUGGAUGGACUUGAUGCAAUCAGGGUUUUUGGGGUCCAUCAGCGAUCAGAAGAUGGCAGAGGCAGCAUUUAGUGGCUUAGGAAAAAACACAGCGGCUAAGGGCAUCUCGGAGAGGGACGUGCCUCACAUUCGUCUGGUUGGGGAUGGCGACGUGGAGGACAUAUACAUGUUUGGAAAGAAACUGGGCCACGGAAGUUAUGGGGUGGUGUACGAAGCCACACAUAUUAGGACACAGACCCAAUGGGCCAUCAAGACGGUUUGCAAGGCAGAACCGGGAAGUACAAAGAUCAAGAUGCUGGAGCAAGAAAUCAAAAUACUCAAACAAGUCGACCACCCUCACAUACUACGCCUGGAGGAGAUCUAUGAGACCGCCCAGAUGACAUAUUUGAUCACUGAGCUGUGUGUGGGAGGUGAACUGAAGCAAGUGCUACAGCAGAAACAGUUCUUUCCUGAGGAGGAGGCGAGACACAUUAUUGGAUGCUUAGCUGACGCCAUCACCUACCUUCACAAAAAAAACAUAAUGCAUCGGGAUUUGAAACUUGAGAAUAUUUUGGUGAAAAAUUCUCUUGAUGAUUACAAUGGCAGGCUUGACAUUAAGGUUGCAGACUUUGGCUUAUCAGUGAAGACUUUGGGUGUUGGAAGUGAUAAUAUUCUGUCAGACAUUUGUGGCACUCCAGUCUAUAUGGCUCCUGAAAUGAUGAGCCAACGUGGUUACACACACUGGUGUGACAUGUGGAGCGUAGGAGUCAUUAUGUAUAUUUUGCUGUGCGGGGAGCCUCCAUUUAUAUCCAAAUCAAAAGAAAACCGACUUAAGGAGAUUAGAACAAUAGGAGUCCAAUUUUCUUCACCCAUCUGGGACACAGUCAGCAAUGCAGCCAAAACAGUAGUGACGUGCCUCCUGAAAGAAAACCCUGCUUACCGCAUGUCAGCUAAUCAGUUACGAGACAACCCGUGGAUUACAGGUGACACCAGCACGCCGGCGAUGCCUCUCAACGCACUGGAGAUGAUGCACAACUUCCACGAACAGGAGAAGAGUACCCAGGACCUAAAAACAACCCAGAACCUCUCCCGUGUUGCCAGGACUGCUUCACCAGUGUCACCCGACGCCAAAAGCAACGGCUUGAACCAUGAUGAUCUCAAUGACUCUUGCUGCACUCCUUCCACGUCCAACAAACUGACUGGCGUGAAACCCCGCCCACAGUCGAGUGUAAAGUCCCGCAAGUCUCAGCGCAAGACAAAUGUCAACUCGGUGAAGAAAGCAGCCUCCCAUCAAAACGGACAGAGAUCUCCUCCAUCUCCUCUAGAAGUAUGACUGACUGUCAGGGACUGUCAAAACAAGACUAAAGGCACAGAGGUGCCUCACGGAACAAAGAAGGACCUUAAAACUAGAUUUAGUGUUUGAUGAAAAAAAUGAUUUGAAAGAGAUUUCCUGUAUUUAAUGAUACGGUUUAACAGGGAUGUGAACAAAUAAUGCAAUCUGGCGGGAAUGAGUAGAGAUACUUGUAAUGGCAAUGCCAAAUAAAUCGUACGAUGCUCUCUGUGGCCUGUUUGUGUACACUUGCUCAAAUUCAGCCUUUGAUUCAAAUGCUUUCUUUUCAAACUGUCAGAGAGCUGCUGUUCGUUUAACAAGAGGCUUAUCACUGUGGCUGUACCUGUAGUCUGUACAUACUGUGAGCUAGUUUUUAAUGUUUUAGUCAUAAAUAUAUUUCAGAUGUACCAAAUGACGAGGCCAGUGUGUGCACUUUGUAACCACCGUAUAAAUCCAGAAUCUCUCCUGUACUGUCCUGUUUUUGCCAAAGGGCUUCAAUCUGCGGGACAGAGCAGAUUGACUGCGCAAAUGUUUACUUUUUCACCACCGGCUGUUGCCAGGCUGCCCAAAAAACACAAGGGACUCUUUAAGGUAUUCAAAUACACUUCUCACAUACAGAAAAUAUCGAACAACUGUCCAUGGUGGUAUGUGAAAAUGACUAAUUUUAUAGCAGCAAAGGCUGUUGAUGAGAAAUGUGUUUAUAUUAUGUUAGCAUUCAGGAAGUACAUGGUGUCAUAAAGGCUCAAUGUUACAAAUAGAUUACGCCUCUAUACUCGGAUCCUUGAUCCAACUUUCUCUCUGUCUCCAUAAAUGUCCUUUGAGGACUUCCUAUUUCACGCCCCAAAAGUUACUCUCUCGAAGUUCAUAUUCGUGACAUUAAGAUGUUUUACUGUUGAAAAUGCAUCCUGGUCAAGCUCAGACACCCAGCUCUGCUCAAAUAUGAGACCCCUCCAAAAGUAUUGGAACGCCAACGUCAAUUCCUUUGUUUUUGUGGUAUACUGAAGAUGUUUGGGUUUCAGAUCAAAACAAAUGUUUAGAAGUCCAGUUGUUAUUCCUUGGUAUUUGCAGCUAGAUGAGUUGAACAAGUCAGGACAGAGCCACCCACUUUUCAAAUUCUCAAAAGUAUUGGAACAGACAUGAUUAAAUUAGAGUGAAUAACAUUUCACGUUUGUUUGCAUAAGCCUUACUUGCAAUAACUGCAUCAAGCCUCUUGACUGCAGCUCCUUUCAGCUCCUGUUUGUUUCUCGGGGUUUCUCUCUGCAGGAGGUGAAAUGCACGCUCUCUUGAACUUUUUCGCCCUGGUGAAGUCCUUUGUUGUGUUGGCAGGGUCUUUUGGGUCAUUGUCUUUUUACAUGACGAAGCUAUUCCCAAUGAGUUUAGAUGCAUUUUUCUGUAAGUUGCCACUGAUUAAGCAGAUCCUUUCUUUCUCCAUACGUUGGUCGUACCAUCACUUGGGAGAGGUUAAUCCUAGCCGCAUCGGUCCAUAAAACUUAUAAAACUUUUGUGGCUCAUCUCUGUACAUUCUUUGGAAAAUCCAAUCCGGCCUUCUAAUUCUUUUUGCUGAUGAUUGGUUUGCAUCUUGUGGUAUGGAAUGUCUAUUUCUUUUCUUGGGUCUUCUUCAAACAGUGGGUUGUGUUGAGGAAUUUCGCCUUACCAUGAGAACUAUUGAAACUAAUCUGUGUCCUGUACAUCUGCUGAAGCACUCAAGACAAGGGUAGUGUUAUGCUUUCCUCCUCUUUAGCCCUUGGGCAAUUUAACAGCCCCCAAAAGGCCUUCUCCCCGGUCCUCCAUCUUUGUGAAGUUCUUCAGGGCUGUCGAGUUCCCUGGGAAGGGAACUCCAAACUCAUAAUUUGUGCACAGCAGAUGUGGUCAGUAGUUUGUCACCAUGUCAGGACUGAACUGUAUUGACCUUUCUUUGUCUCUGAUUUUUACAUAAGGGGAAGGACUGCCCGCCCCUCAUUAACAUAAUUAACACACUAUGCCUAUAUAUACGUGAGACUGUAUUUCUUCGAGGCUUCCUGAUGAAAUCUGAGACUCACAGGAGCCCGAAUCAAUUCGUGUUGCGUUGUGAUAAACU